UCUGUCAUGUCACAUGACCAAACAAGGAUUCAUGGCUCAACUCAGUGAACAGACAACGCAUCUGGAGCGAAACCCAAAAAAAUGAGUUACGAGGAUGGAUAGAAAUUAUAGUAUGAAGGUUGAUAAGGAGCCGAAUUGCUAGGCCUGGUAAUUUCAUGUCAUUUGAGAGAGCUGCCUACCUGCCUAGAGCAUGGGAACCUGUUUAGCUCCCAUCAAGGGUUGACUACCUGCACAUCACUAUGGCAGCUAAGAGGGAGGAUUCUUUCACCAAAGCUCACAGGGGUAAACGUGUUCGGAAACUGUCAGAUAGCGAGAAUGACUCCUUACGUAGCUCCUUUCGCAUCGAAACAGGAAACAGCCAGUUUUACACUAAGGUUCCUCUCACUCAUUUGGAAAUUGACAAUGCUGGCACCGGAUUAACACGGAAUAAAAGAACACAGGCUAGCUUCAGACUCAAGAAAAUGACAGGUUGCAAAGUGCAAGCCAAGUGUCCUCCAAAUUUCAAAUCAUCAAGAGCAACUGAUCCACAUCAGUUCCAGAAAAAACUAUCUCAUACCACACAGAAUACAGUCUAUGGAUAAAUAACAGCAUAAAAAGACAACGAAAGACACAGACAGAAACAGAGACAAGUGAAAAGAAAGUAUAAUACAUACUCCAAGUAUCGAAAUGCACGCCAUCGUGUCGGGAUUCAUUAUUUUAUUAUUUAAUUAUGUCAUCAGGAAUGCGAGACAAAUGAAUUAAGUGAUCUGCUUCCUUAUUUUUGAAAAUGCAUCAGAAGAGGGUGAAAAAAAAUCGUCUCAUUUAGAGAAAUGGUUUUGCCAUGUGGAGGAGCUAUAAACAAAAUGAAAUUAUGUUGGCAAAACAUAAACAAAUUGAGUGUGAGAAAAUGAAGUUUUAGAGGGCACUAUUAUAGGCCCUUGUAUAUCUAUUAGUCAUAAAGAAUGCGAUAUUGAAAAGUAAACAAUUUACUUUCAAUAUUGCUAAGUGCAUUUAGUACUAAAAUAUAAACAUUCCAGGUGUCUUCUUGGGGAAUAUUAUAUUUUUUAGAAGAAAAGCUGAGCAUUUUCAGAUUUUUGUUCAUUUUGGCUUGAUAACAUAAAACUUCUUUUAGGCCUAAUAAUUAAAUGGAUUUUCCGCAAGAUUUGAAGAUGGAAAGGAAUAACUGUAAUACUAGGCUACAUUUUACAAAUUCUUCUGAAAUAUGGUAAAUAUCAAAAUGUGCAAUUUUUUUGCAAUCCAUGUAAUUAUGGUAAUAACUCUUGAGGCUGAUGUUUUAAAGUUUUGGGUAGUUAUAUUUGAGUAACUAAUGUUCCAGCUCUGUAAAUAGUAAUAUUUUAAAUAGUUUUAGUAUAACAUUCUGCAGUGUGUAAUUAUGAUAAUUUGAAUAACAAUUUAUAAUUUGUUGCUGUUUGAUUUUAUUAUUUUUGUAAUUAUUAUAGUCAUUGAGAUUAUUAUUUUAAAUAUUAUUUAGAAUAUAAUUAGAUUAUUAGUAUAAAUGUUAUUAUAAUAGUAAUAAUUAUUUAAUUGACAAGUGUUGAGUUACAAAUACUUAAAAUUACUUUAAGACUGUCAUACUGUUUUUGUCGUGUCCGGAUCUAAAAUGAGAGCUAAUAUUUGUAAUAUAAAAAUGUACAUAAAAAUCCCCUUUAAUUCUGUCGCAAAUAUCAAUAAGAUAUUUGCUUAUGGUAGAUCCACCAUAUGUUACUGAUGAUGCUAUAAAACAAAUUAGAAAUCAUGUGGUAUAGCAUUGUGACAUUGGUAUCUGCCGAGUGCUAUGUCAUCCAAGAGUGUUGUCUCACUUCUAUAUCCGUAAAUUAGUAAUUUUGAAAUUCGUGUGCAGCCCAGUUUGCUAAUUUGACCUUUAACUGCCGUGUCGUGAGAGUAAUCUCUCUGUCGAGAGGAAGUGCUGGCUUAAGUUGGGACACCCUUUUCAUAUGGUAGAUCCUGUUGAAAGAAGCCAGUAUUGCAAUGGAUGAGAUACAUCUAGUAGCUGGUGGUCCAGUACUGCCUAGCCCGACUAGCUCUUGCAGUUCUGAAUGCGAAUUGGAAUUGGAUUUGGAUUAUAAUAUUAAUGAUACGUGCUAUACUUCUUGUUCAGAUAUCGAUGCAUUGUAUGUAUUUAUUUUGUUGUUAAUUUAAUUUACUUGCUUUUACCAUGUUGGAAUAGUAGGCUAUUUUAGGCAGAAUAGAGAACUGAAUUAAAAGUAAUUUUGUCCGGAUUAACAUUUUGUGCAAUCUUUAACAUUACAAUUACAUAAUUGUUAGAAUACUGUAUAGUCAAAUGCAAAUUAUAAUCAAUUUGUUUGUAUUUGUAGCAGAGUAUCUCAAAUGUUUGGCAAGAUACAUAAUAACUUGAAACAAAAUUGUUGUACAAGCAGUUGUUGUAUUAUAAACUUAAAAGCUCAUCAUCAACAGAUGUUUUUCUUGUACUAUACAUAGUAAUUUUUUAGAUAAUUAUUUAUGUUGUACAUUGCUUUCAUUAGAUUUAUUUUGAAAAUUGCAUAAAAUAAAAUUAAUUGCAGUAAUUAUUGUUCUUAAAUAGUUUAGGUUAACAUUUUUUUUCCUAAAGUUUGUAAUAAGUGUUAAUUUUAGAAUUAUGAAAAUGUUAUAACUUAUACAAUAAUAAAAAUAAUAUCAAGGUUGAAUAUUGUAGUAGGCCUUUAGAUACACUUCACAUAACUGGUAAAUCUCAAUUUAAUAAAACAACAUAAAAUUAAAAUAAAUCACACAUUUUGUAUUGAUUCAACAUUGAAUGUAUUCUGAGCUUACUGUAUUAUACACAACUAUUUAUAACUUGUUAAUUAAUCUGUUGAUUAUAGAUUUCAUUCAUGACUCCAUGUUUAGUUUUUGUCGCAUUGGUAUUUGAUACAGUAUUGAUUGAAUACAGGCUAGAUUUUUCAUUCUCAAUGCUUUUGCAGACCAGCUGUUGUUUUGCAAUCCAAUGCAAUGUAUUGUUAUGUAUAGAUUGGUAUGAAUUCGUUUCCUCAGUAAAGUAUUUGGAAAGCAAUAUUGAACUUUUAUAUAGUACUCAAAAUUUGUUGAGUAUUUAUUUCUCUAUUUAACAUCAUGUACAAUAUUCCUAGAGUUGUUUGCCCUACGGUACAUCAAACUAAUUAAGGUUUCCUUCAAUGCAAAAUUGAGAUAAACUUUAAUUUCAGUUUUAAUUAUUUAAGCCUGAUGAGUGCAAAUUUUUCCUAAGGCCCUGUUGUUUCAGGGAAGUUUUCAAGGAGAUCCUACCAGUUUGUGCCUUGCUGACCCUGAGUCGUAUUGCUAUGAUACAGUAACAUGUAAUGUUAAAGGUUGAUACCUGAUUUCAUUAUUGUUUU